AUGCCUCCGAAGCGCACAAUUGGAGGUGCGCACACAUCUGCAACACAAGGACCACCCGACCUUCUACUACCCUCACCAAAUGCCCCAAGCGUCGAGUCCCUUCCACUCCGGUCUAUACAACCAGAUUCGACAGCGACUGGAAGCCCACUGGAGCCUUUGCAACCCACACGAGGGAAACGGAAACGCGAAUUUAAAGACGAGAAACCGGACAAGCGACGACAGGAAGGUUCACAGUCGGUGGCGGAGUUGCCUCCAUCCAAGGACCUUCUCAAUUGGGAGAAUCUGGAAAAGCUCAAUAGCGAGACAGCAUCGGAGACAUGCGACUGGAUGGCAGAAAAAAAGGGAACAGUCUCGCGACGAUCGAGCACGGCAGAGAUGAACCAGGAUACAGCGUCCGUGUCCUCGCAGAAAACAUCUCUCGCGCUUUGCAAUUACCGCCUGAAUUCACUGGACCGUGCCAGAAUAGUCUUUCAGCACCGAUGUAUUUCAGAACACCUCGAGCACAGAGUCAACGCCAUCGUCCAACCUAAGCUCGAUAAAGAAAGGGAGAAACUCGUUUUCGCGAUCGCAGAUGACUUGUGCAAUGACUUUCCUGACGCCCUGGAAGUCGCGAGUGGAGAAGAUGAUUGCGCCGAAUUGAUAUAUCAGGCACUGGAAGCAAUGAAUCGCCAGCUAUUCGGCAAAGCUUUUGCCUUCCGAAGGAAAGCAGGUACUGUAGACUUUGCGUACCAGCACUAUCGUUCUGCUAACUUGAGCUUAGAGUGGGACCCUGCCCUGAAACCUAUGGUUCAACGAAAAUCCUACCGCUCUGGUGCUCCGCACAAGUCUCUCAACGACAUAGGCUUCUCCGAUGACCGCCCGAACAAGCGGCAGCAGGCAGAGACGUCUUACGUUUCGCCAGGGGCCACCGAGAUAACCAUGCCGCCACCGCCGCCACCUCCGCCAAAGCUUGACAAUAACUGUGUCAAGAACGCUCGCCCGGACAUUACGAUAGGAUUUCCCCGCGCGGUCGUCGCCAAGAAAUUGGUGUCGUUGGGCGUCAACAAGCUGGACGCCGAGGAGAUGUUGAAGGAUCUGCAGUACGAACAGGAACUUUUGUCCAACCCCACCCUUCCCGCACUCCAUAUACGCUUUCCAUCCAUGGUCGUGGAAGGGAAGUCGUACGCGACUGGCAAGAGCAUGUACGAGGCAGAGAACCAGGCCGCUGGAUCUGGAAGCUGCAUGCUCGUCAUGCAGGGCCGGCUCGCCGAGCUCACUGAACGUCGCUCGCCAGGAACCGACCAAGGCAAGAAGGACCCUCUCGCCUUCUCCAUCACCCAUGAAGGCCCCAUCCUCCUGCUCUGGCUACAUUAUACCACGUCGCUGGAAAACGCCCGCUUCUACAACUUGCACGUCCUGAGCGUUUGUCACGCGACGAUCCGGUCCACGACCAGGGAAUUCUUUAGAGCGUUGGCGUGGGUCAUGGGCUGGGCCAGCACCGAGUUUUUGGACGACGUCGCCGCGCAAUUGGUGUUGAUUUGGAAAUCUACACAAACACAGAAGAAGCAGACUGUGUAA